AUGUUGAAAUCAUCGUUUUACAGCGGUGUUGAAGAAGCAUGGUCUCACGUCCACAGUGCAAACUAUUGCAUAUUUACAAAUGAAAAUGAUCGAGACCGAUUGAUUCCAGCGAUUCAUGUCGAUGAUGGAUUAAUUAACAACAACAAUUGCAACAAACUAGUCAUCUAUAAAAAAAAUUUAGUUGAACUCCAUAAAGAAUUUGAAGUAACAUCCAAUGAGAUAAAUACAUAUCUGGGAUUACAAAUUGAGCGAUUGGCAGAUAGUUCCAUAUUUUUGCAUCAGAAAGUUUACACCAAGAAAAUUUUGCAACGAUUUCAGAUGGAAAAUGCUAACGCAGUAGUAAUCUUAGCAAACGAAAACCAUCAACUAUGCGUGGAGGCGCAUAAAAAUUACGCUGGAGAGACUGAAACCAGGAAGUCCACUACUGAUUUUGUAUUAAAACUAGGCGAUUCUGUAAAAGUUUGGAGGUCAACGACAAUGACGACACGACAACGAGUAACUGUAUCGACUACUGAAGCUGAAUACAUAGCAGCUAGUCAAACUGUGAAAGACUUUUUCAUAUGA